ACUCUGGUUGCUAGGUGGGGCGUGCUGCAGAGCACUAUAAAAGCCAUAGCAAGGCCACAGCUCUUUUCUUCCCGGCUGUACCCUCCUGAAAACUAACGUUUGUGAGGCAGAAGAAAGUCCAUCAACAUGGCUAUGGUAGCAGAAUUUCUGAAGCAGGCAUGGUUCAUGGACAAUCAGGAGCAGGAAUGUAUUAAAAGUUCGAAAGGUGGCUCUCCAGUCCAGUCAUACCCUAACUUUGAACCAUCAGCUGAUGCUGCUGCUUUGGACAAAGCAAUUACUGUCAAAGGUGUGGAUGAAGCCACCAUCAUUGAUAUCUUAACUAAAAGAACAAAUGCCCAGCGCCAGCAGAUCAAAGCUGCCUAUCAGCAGUUGAAAGGAAAGAGUCUGGAAGAAGCCUUGAAAAAAGUUCUGAAAAGUCACCUGGAGGAUGUUGUUGUGGCCUUGCUGAAAACUCCGGCUCAGUUGGAUGCUGAAGAAUUAAGAGCUUCUAUGAAGGGGCUUGGAACUGAUGAAGAUACCUUAAUUGAGAUUCUGGCCUCAAGAAAUAACAGAGAAAUCAGAGAAGCCAACAGAUACUACAAAGAAGUCCUGAAGAGAGAUCUGAUACAAGACAUUAUCUCUGACACAUCUGGAGACUUUCAGAAGGCUUUGGUUGCUCUAGCCAAGGCUGACCGAAGUGAAGAUCCUCAUGUGAAUGAUGAGCUGGCUGACAGCGAUGCCAGGGCCUUAUAUGAAGCUGGAGAAAAAAGAAAAGGAACUGAUGUUAAUGUGUUUGUUACUGUUCUUACCGCAAGAAGCUACCCCCAUCUUCGAAGAGUCUUUCAGAGGUACACCAAAUACAGCCAGCAUGACAUGAACAAGGUACUGGAUUUGGAGCUGAAGGGUGAUAUUGAGAACUGCCUUACUGCCCUUGUGAAGUGUGCCACGAGCAAGCCAGCUUUCUUUGCUGAAAAACUCCACUUGGCAAUGAAGGGCUCUGGGACACGGCACAAACCACUCAUCAGAAUCAUGGUUUCACGCUCUGAGGUGGACAUGAAUGAGAUCAAAGGUUAUUACAAGAGACUGUAUGGCGUGUCUCUCCGCCAAGCCAUUAUGGAUGAACUCAAAGGAGAUUAUGAAAACAUCCUCGUGGCUCUAUGUGGAAGUGAUAACUAACGAUGCACUUCAGCCCUCUUAACUGAGGAUCUUUAUCUUUGCCUCAGCUGUCUAUAAAUAAAUGCGGGCUAUACACAUUGAGGUUUCUCUGAAGUGAUACUUAGUCCACAAUGUGUUCUCUGGAAAACCUGUAACCUGGAAUGUAUUUUUUUUGAUAUCUUUGUCCUAUAUGGCAGGAAUCUCUUUUCGAUAUUAUUUAUCCAAAGCCAAAGAAUGCUCUUAAGUUUCUGUUUGCUUAAGUAAUCAAGAAAAUGUAAAAUUUUCAUCUAAGUAAAGCAAAUAAACUUUUAAAAAUAAAUUAA